CCGUAUGUUCCAUGAACCUAAAAAAGUGUGUCUAAUAAAAACUAAAAUAAUGAUUACAACACAAAGAACGGGAAUCAAGUGAUAUUGUAAGAUUCACUAAAUUAUUUUUGUUGCUAGGUUAAUAUGGAGAAAGGAAUCAAAUUGGUUCUCACUGGUUAGCAGAGAGUUACGGACUAGGCUUAUAAAAAUAAUUUAUUCAAAUAAUUACUGUAAAUGUUAAUAUUUAAUACACUUCUGACAACUGCGACAUGUUGUCAAUUGUAUUUUCUUUUAUUCAAGUAAACGAGAUCAAGGUGCUUGAUUUGCACAAUUAAAUAAAAACUUAACUUUAUUUUUCUUUUGUUAAUUAAAAACCGUCUUAAAAAUCAGGGGUGGGGUGACAACAUUUCAAAGGUGGGCAUGACAGUUUCAAGGUGGAGUGGCAGGGUUUUUUUAUUACUCAAAAUCUUAUUCUCUGGUGUAGGCUUGCUCCUUCAACUUUUAACCAUCGAUUGAACUAUUUCUUCGACAUCACGUUGAGCAGGGCAAAUAAAAAUACUAUAUAUAUAUUUCUUAAAGCGAGAUAAACUUUACAACAAGACUGUGCACACAGUGGAAAUUUUUGCAACUUGUUUACGAAAAGUAUUGUAAAUACAAAAAUCAUUGGAAGUUUUAAAAGUUUUAUGAAUGAAAAAUGAAUUUUAAUUAUGUUAGAAAAUAAAAUUAUAGAGUUGAGAUGACUUAUUUACAAGAUGAAAUAAAAACUUCAGUCCUGUUUACAAAUUGAACGAAAAAUGUCUAAGAGAGGGAAAAUAGAAGACAGCAGAUGUUGUUGUGGAAUAUUUAAAAAGCAGUUGAGUUUAGUUGACAUUCACAGACAAAAUGGUAGAAGACUAAAAAGUAAGUAAAUAAUGGCUGACACACAAAAGGAAUACAUUGAACUUUUUGAGAAGUAUACUUCACUUCUUUCAGAAAUGGAAAUCAUCUCCAAGGAUAACGAAAGAUUAUCUAGGUUGAAACCACAUAAAAUAAACAGCAAGAAUGACGAUCAACGCAGACUGGAGAAACUAGAAGCAGAAUUAAAAGAAAAGGAUAAAAAAUACUCAAAAUUGUGUUUGGAAAUGGAACUAAUUUUACAAGAUAAUGAGAGAUUGCAUAAAAGCUUGUCAAUGUAUGAAACAAUCAACUUAGGUAAUUAUUCGGAGGGAGUUGAGCAACUAUCUGUAGAAAAAGGUAACAGUGAAACACAAAAUAGCUCAAACAAAGUUUUGACAAAGAUACAUUCGGAAGAGCAAAGUGAACGAGUUGAAUUGCUUCAAGUACGAGUCAAUGAAUACGACCCAGUACAAAACAAGAAUGAAGACAAAACAAAACAACUCGAACAACAAAUAUUACGUUGUCGUAAACUUCGUGAAAAUGUUGACCAAAAAGAUGAAGAACUUUCUCAACUUAAAAUUCUCCAAGAAGAAAUAAACACAGAGUACCAGAACCUGUCUGAAGAAUGGUCAGUAAUGAGGUCUGAUAUUGACUGGUAUAAAUUGCAAUUAUCCCAAAAACAAGCGAUAAUUAUUAACCAAUCAAAAGAAUUAGAAGAAAAUAAUAAGGAACUUCAUAUGCUAAGAUGUUUCAUUAUUGGUCAGAAGGAUAAUCUAAAACGCUCUCAUCUGAGCCCCUCUGGUGUUAAUAUCUCAAGUAGUCAAACGUUGAUUAAGGAUGAUGAAGGCCAAGGAUGCGGACGAUAUUCCUUGAAUCUUUAUAGUUCCGACGAAGAGUAUGAAAGAUCUAUCGACACUCCAACGUUUAUUGAAGUCUUCUUGCAGAGCUCUGCAAUUUCUCCAAUUGACGAAGAUACACAACAAAGCAACACAAUUUUUAGUGAUGAUGAGGCGUCUUUUGCGAAAAGAAGUAGUAGCGAAUUAAAAGGGGAAAAUUUUUGCACUUUAUUUAACACUGAAAUAUUUGAAUAUCAAACCGAAAUUUCAGCUCUUGAGGACGAGAUAUUGAAUUUAAAAAGAACUCACAAAGAAAACCUGGAAUGGAAAGAACAAGAAAUAAAAGCAUUAGACACUAAAUUGAAAGAAUGCCUUUACAGAAAUGAUGAAUUAAUGUCCUCGUUGAAAAGUAAAACAGUUGAAAAUGAGAAAUUAAGCAGAGAAAAUAAUACAGACAGAGCAGAAAAAUUAGAAAAAGAAAUAAAGAAACUCAAAAAGAUUUGCGCAAGUGCUGAAAAGACUGCAAAUAAUGAGUUUAAGAAAAAAAGAGAAUUGGAAAGUUUAAACGAAAAGUUAAUCAAGAAUUUAAAAGAUUUAAAAAAACAGAUUGAUCACCGAGAUGAGUUUAUCAAAAUUGAAUCUAAUAUUCGAAAAGAAAAUGAGGAUCGAAUCAUAACACAACAAAAGGAUCUUGAAUUUCUUACGCUACGAAUUUUGGAACUUGAAGAAGCAAACGAGAGAAGAAAAGAGGAAAGAAAAUUAUCCUCUAAAAUGGAGAGAGAGCUGAGUGCAAUGACUCAACAGGUGCAAGAGUUGCUAGAUGGCAACGAAGAGAAUGUUACGCGCUAUAAACAAUUUGUGGUAACAUUGGAAGAACAAAUUGAGACAUUACUUUCACAAUUUGAAGAGAGCAAGCAACGUCACGAAUCAGACAUUCAAUAUCAUCAAGUUAUGCUGAAAAACAGAACAAUAGAACUUGAAAACAUCCAAUCAGCGUUCAAAGAGAAGGAAGACAUCAUUAAAGGGAUAAAAAAAGAAUUUACUUAUUGUGAAGGAGAAGUAGCGAAGCAAAGAAACAUGAUUAUUCAAAACGAUAAUAAAAUAUCAGAUCUGAAAAAACAGAUCGAAUAUUUAGCACUAAUCAUAGAUUUAUUGCGGAGGAAAGUUGAAGGCUGCGACGGAGGGGAGUUUGUAGUCAGGCGCAAUCAAAUAUUAUCGCUUGAAGAUAACUAUUCUGUAGUCAUGUUAAGAAAGUAUUCUUCCCCAAGUACUGUUUUACCUGCUGAUGAAAAUGCAUUCUUAAGAAUUCCAUCAACUAGCUCUGCAAGUGAUGUGGAAAAUGUCACAAACAGUUUCCCAACUAAAUCGAUAAAUUCAUCUUCAAGUUUAAAGAAGGGCCUGCAAGAUCAAGACAAGAGGUUUGGAUGUGAUAACAAAUACAAUCAUUUGAGAGAUUCUCCAUCAACCAGACGUAAAGAUGCAGAGGUUGUUAAAAAAUGUGAAAGUAAAUUGUCAACAUCAACAGAGAUCCCUUCAGCUGCCAAUGAAUACAUCAAAGCCACUCUCAGUUAUAUAGAUAUAUACCCCAAAAGUAUAAACAAGAAUAUGACAAAGGAAAAAACUUCCUUUAAAAAUUUUUCUGAAACUUUAAAUGAAAAGGCUUGCCGGAAAGUAGAAGGGGACAACACACAAAUUGAAGGUAAAAAUGAGAAACAUUUGUACGAGAGUCGUAAAUUAGGAAAGGACAUAGAUGAUUGGCAGUUGAGAUGGGAAUGUGCGAGAAGAUUAAAGUGUGACGUUGUUAUGGUGACCAAUCAAGACGGUUUAGGAAUAGAAGAAAACAUUAAACUUGAGUCAGGAUCAAAUAUUCAUCAGCUAGAUGCGCAUGUAGGAACUAAGGAAAAUGAUGAAAAAGCAAAAGAAAAAGUUGAGAAAGAAACGAAAGAGAUGGUGGAGAAAUUAGAAGAGGAGGACCAGCAUGUGUUGCAAUUGGAAAAGUGUUGCGAAGAAAUGCAAAAAAUAGCAGCGUGUUUUCAUAAGGAAAUUCAGUCAAGUCAAAUGCAGUUGCUUUCAAUUCUUAAAGACAGAAGGCAGAUGCAAGAGCAGCUAAAGAAAAAUACUAGAAGUGAGAUCAAGGUAUUAAAAGAUUGGAUUAAGGACAAAGUUGCUAAUUGGAAAGAAAAGUGUCAAAUUGUGUUUUGGCAAGUUGAGAAAACUCUUCACGAGAACGGUGAAAAACUCUUGAGAAUGCAAAACCAGCUGCAUGAAAUAAAAAUGGAUGUCGAAACAACUUCUAACAAAUUUGUUAAAAACUAUAUCAAGCAAGGAAAGAUUUGUUGGGAGUCAAAGCUGCAACAAUACGACCAAAUGUUGCUUAGCUUAAGAUGCAAGCUAUCACAGAUUUUCUGCACCAAUCAAAACAAUAUUGAAAUUCAAUCUCAACCAAUCAUAGAUAAGAUAGGCUCAUCAAUAUAUUUUCUUCAUGACUUACUUGAAGUAAUCGGAGCACGAAAUUCGGUUAACAAAACAACUUCGAAUGCUGCAACAACCGAAGGAAAAAGUACACUGGAUUUAGAUGCACAACAAAUGAAUAGUCUGGAAGGUAUUAAAAAGACGUUGCAGUGUAAAAAUAAAGAGCUCGAUGAAGCAAGAAUAAUGAUCAAAAUUUUAAAUGAAGAAAAAGAUGUGGACCAUGUUUCAGCCAAUGAGAAAGAGACGAAUGACGCAGUUGACUUCAGAUUACGUGAGCAACAUACCACGAAUAUGAAGUCAGAUUACGACUUGAGAAUCUUAAUCCGCGAUCUUGAAAUCCGUCGCUUAAGAACACUACUAGCUGUUAAGUAUCGCAAGAGAAAAAAAAAAUUGUUUCAAAAACGAAAAACCUUCUUGAAAAAGUUAAGUAAAAAGAAAAGGAUGAAAAAAUCUGAAAUUGUCUUUGAAAAUUCAUUUCCACGUAAAUCAAAUGCAACAAAGUUGGUUUGGGUUGAUGGUAAAUGACACUUAAAGUGAUUGAAAGAAGUAUUUUUUUAUUCACAUUUAUAAUGUAAUAUAAUAAUAUGAAAGUAAAACAUUCGAACAUGUUGUUAUUGGGUAUAAGGGGCCUGGUUGCUCUUGUAUUGAAACAGAGGCAAUAAUUUCUUUGAGAAGAAAGAGACAAACAAACAAAUAAAAUAUUGUAUGAAUUAUUGUGGUUCAAAUUUUUGCCACAAUAUAACAAGUGAUGGUUAUGCAAUUAGACUCGUGAUAAGUGGAACUCCGGUUAUUUGAGAGGCUGUUGUAAUAAAAAAAACUGGCCCUUUUGUAAUA